AUGCACCCAACCCUCAACUACCGCCAUUCGCGACGAUCCGCAUGUGAUCGAUGCCGUGGCUUCAAACUACGCUGUGAACGAGACCAUGUGAAUGGCAUGUCUUGCGAGCGGUGUCUCAAGGCCCAAGUGAUGUGUACGACGAGUGUGAACCAACCAGUACCGGUCUUCCUCCCGUCAAGUCAUGCCUCUCAUCCCCUGCCGAGGGGCCGUGAGGGCCGAGGACUGGAUAGCGAACGGUUGUCCAUGUCCGUUCUCCAUAAGUCCUCCGGCCCCAAAGUCAUCAAGCGAACAUUGCCGGUGGUGGCGCCACGGAGGCAUGAAUCGCAGCCGCCGGAUCGUUGGUUAGAAGCUACUGCCCUGCCCUAUCUUGGCAUAGAGAAUCUUCCUCCGACCGAAGAAACGAUUCCGCCAAUGGCACUCGACGGGGGCUCGUCGUUCGCACUAGAGCCAUGGGCUGAUCAGUCACUUCCCUGGAUUGCAGAUCCAUUUCAGUUGCCUUUUCCGGAUUAUUAUCUACCGGGGCCAGCCUACCGGCAUGAAGAGUAUACAUCCUGUUCUUCGACUCCGGGCAUCGAUGGCCCACUGGAUGCCAGGAAUGUAAAUGGCAUGGAAAUUUCCGCCUUCCCCCAGAACGAGCCUCCUAGCUACACCGGGACAGAGGCUCUGAGUCUCACAGAUAGCCAUGGGGAUCCUUCUUGGGAAAACAUUUCCGGAUGGCACCCCAGAGAUGACCCGCCCAAUCUCCUGACGCUGGGUGGGCCUUGCGACACACGCCAGGACCCCUGCAAAUGCCUUCUCAAGUUGAACUUGGAUCUCAUGGAUGAUUUGCACCUCAUGGAGGCGGACUCUAUGAUGCUGGCACCGUCAUCUAUAUUACCAGAUCAAACCAACUCGUGUACGGGCAAAAUGGAUCUUCCCAUCUUUCGCAUGCUCAACCAUUCCUCUCGGUUCCUCGAAAUUCUCCAAGGUACGGUUGGCCCACCCAGUGAGCCGAUGGAGCCCAUACUUGUGCCGGAACCAAAUCAAAAAGAUUCCAGCAUGCCUGACAAUGUCACCUUAUCUACGGAUGUCGCCGAGAGCACUCUGGAUGAGGGGGCCACCACUACAUCGUCGCAUGAUUCGGGGUAUCAAACCGCAUUAGCCGCUUCACCGGAUCAGGUUGCCACGUCCAAUUUGAAAUGUGAUAUCAUGACCUCUCUCACUAUUCUAACGACCUAUUGCUAUCUAAUUCGCCUCCAUCGCGCUGUGUUUGCCCGUCUGUAUCAACUAUUCCUCAUCGUGCCCCCCGCGGACGCCGCCGCUUUUCUCCUACUACCGAGUUUACAAUUCGGUCAAUUUCAUAUGGAGGAGAAUUACAGAGUGCAAGUCCAAGUGUUGAUUGAACUCAGCUCGAGCAUACUUGGUAAAGUCGAGCGAGCCUUGAGUGUCCCUUACAGCUCGGUCCGAGAACAAGAAGGCGAGGAAUCCAGCCCAGGGGGUUCUAUUUUUGAGACUGGUGUCUUCGCCUCUCUCCGAGACUUAGUAUCAUCCCAGGAACAAAUCGAAUGUGAGAUGUCACUGAGAGAGACGAUCAAAUGCCUGCGCCAACUGGUGAAGGAUCCUGUUAGUAUUUGA